AAAAAAGCCGAAGUGAUCGAGCCGAACCUGGAGAAGACGUGGAGAUAAUAUACGUUGGUGAACCAGUUUUCCACAAAUCAUUGCGUAUCGGUAGUCAUCUCCAAGAGCCUCUUCGGUCAGAACUUAUUUCAUUUCUCAAAGACAGUUCUGAUGUUUUUGCCUGGAAACACGAAGAUAUGAAGGGCAUCGACCCCGGUGUCGCUCACAAGCUAAACCUCGACCGAACAGUCCGUCCUGUUGUUCAGAAAAGAAGAAAACUGGGGCCGGACCGACAGAAGGCACUGGAAGAAGAGGUCAACAAACUCAUCGACAACAAAUUCAUCAAUGAAGCCAGAUAUCCGACAUGGGUCUCAAAUCCUGUCCUUGUCAAAAAGAGCAACGAGCUAUGGAGACUGUGUAUCGAUUUUUCCGAUUUGAACAAAGCGUGUCCCAAGGACAGUUAUCCACUCCCACAUAUAGACUACAUGGUUGAUGCCACGUCGGGACACGAGUUGAUGAGUUUCAUGGAUGCUUAUUCCGGCUACAAUCAGAUUCCGAUGGAUCCUGAAGAUUCCGAACACACCUCGUUCUAUUCGGCACGAGGCCUGUACUGCUAUACAAUGAUGCCUUUUGGGUUGAAGAACGCCGGGGCUACAUACCAACGCCUCGUUAAUAAAAUGUUUGCCGCGAUGAUUGGUCAUACUAUGGAAGUUUACGUCGACGACAUGCUCGUCAAAUCAGUGCACGCUACUGACCAUGUAACGCACCUUCACGAUAUGUUCGAUGUCCUCCGAUCUUAUUCCAUGGUCCUAAAUCCCAAGAAAUGCACCUUCGGAGUUAAAUCGGGAAAGUUUCUGGGCUAUAUGGUUAGCCAGCGCGGAAUUGAAGCCAAUCCGGCCAAAAUAAAAGCCAUCCAAGACCUAACUCCCCCAACUUCGGUUAAAGGUGUCCAGGCCCUAACUGGCCGACUUGCCGCUCUCAAUCUGUUCAUUUCCAAAUCCACAGACCGUUGCAAACCUUUCUUUGAAGCAAUCAAAAAAGGAAAGCGCUUCGAAUGGACCGAAGAAUGUCAAAAAGCUCUUAUCAGCAUCAAGGAAACACUCGCCUCUCCACCGACGUUGCAAAAACCGAGGCCCGAGGAAAUGCUGUUUUUGUACCUCGGAGUUAGUGAUUCGGCAAUCAGCUCUGUUUUAGUGCACGAGGAAGGAACCCUUCAAUCACCCAUUUACUACAUCAGUAAAGCCUUACAUGAUGCCGAACGAC